AUGAUUCCCUCCAGACAGCUUCACUCCGUCAAGCCUCUAGGAGUAGUGAAGAACUAUAGAAAGUUGUGGUUGUCCUCUUCUUAUAUACGUAUUAUUGGCUGCUGCACUUCUGUCACUGACUCAGUAGAGGAGGCAAAGACAAACGGAUUGAAGCCCAAUAAGGAAAGAGUCUGCCUCAAGCCUGUGGAAAAGCCCGUACAAGGUCUGACUCGUGCGGUGGAGCUACACAUGGGUGAUUUGGAAGGGCAAGAUAGACCUGACCCUAUAAGUACAAUGGUUGGUCCCUCCGGAACCGGUAAUCUCCGUUUGACUUCCUUUCAGCAGGUGCGCAGCAAGUAUUCUUUCACAAGAAAGACGCAACCCAGCCCCCUUAGCUACUUGUACUAAAAAAAAACUAGGACGGAAGGAGGAACCCCUGCUUAUCCCGGCUACAAUAAAUAACUAUCGAAGAGCGAUCCAUCUGAAGAAUGGCGCUCGUAUAUCCCUAGACGUGGGUUUGUACUUUUUUAGAAGGGCGAGGUUUGGAACUCUCAAGCAAGACAUGAUCUACAUAAUAAGACAUCAUAGGCGCCUAGAGAUAAAGGUACGGUUCAUCGCCUUACUUAUCCAAGCGUGUUGCCGGAUAGUCGGAUAUGACUAUCUCUUUUU